UCUAAGCAGAAUCUCUCUGCAACUACACAAUUGCGGACCAAGGAUUUACCCCUCUUUCUCUCCCUCCCACUCUGAUUUCUCCCUUAGUCUAAUCUCACGCGUAUCCCUCCCUCCACAGACAGUUGCGGACCCAAGAUUUUCCAAACUAUACAUUCAGAUUAUUGGGUGUUCUAAUAUGUACCGUCGCUAUUUAGCAACUAGGUGCGUGUGCCUUCCUCUGUGAGAGAGAGAGUAAGUGGGCAGUGGGUUUGCACAAUGGAGAUAGUAGAGAGGUGGAAGUUGCGCUGGCAAACGUGGGAUCUCCGGGUUGUGAUGCUCAUUAGUCUCAGCCUACAAAUCCUUUUGAUAUUCCUUGCACCUUUGAGAAAGCGAGUGUCAAAGGCUUGGAUAACCAUCCCCAUAUGGUGUGCGUACCUGCUUGCAGACGCAACAGCUAACUUUGCUGCGGGACUCAUCUCCCAUAGCCAGGGUCAAACCUCUGGCCCUUCCACUGAUCCGACCCUUCUUGCAUUCUGGGCUCCCUUUCUCUUGGUACACCUUGGGGGUCCCGACACCAUUACAGCUUUUGCCCUCGAGGAUAAUGAGCUCUGGCUCAGGCAUUUCCUGAGUCUUGGAUUCCAAUUCUGGGUCGUCGGUUAUGCCUUCGUUCAAUCAUUUCCCAAUCACAAGCUUUGGAUCCCCACAUUGCUCAUAUUUAUUGCUGGAGUCAUCAAGUACAUUGAGCGAACACGUGCUCUUUAUCUCGCUAGCUCUCGUAUAAUCAAAGACUCUUUUCUCACAGACCCUGAUCCCGGGCCUAACUAUGCCAAGUUCAUGGAUGAGUACGCUUCAAAGAAGGAAGCAAAACUUCCAACGGAGAUAGAGAUGAUUCCUGAACCUAACCUGUCUUGUUUGGAGGUGGUACAAACUGCUCAUAAGUACUAUACCACUUUCAAAGGUCUGAUUGCAGAUUUGAUCUUCAGCAUCAGUCAGCGCAACGAGAGCCGAGAUUAUUUCCUCAACCGAACGGCAACAGAUGCUUUCCAUAUUAUUGAGGUAGAACUCAAUUUUUUCUAUGAUAUUCACUAUACUAAGGCCAGGGUGGUGCAAGGUAGGUUUCUUGGAUAUCCUCUUCGGAUAAUUUCGUUUAGUUUGACUUGUGCAGCCCUUGUGCUCUUCCGUUUAAUCGAAAAGAAGAAAUUUUACGAGUUUGAUAUUGCAGUUUCCUACACGUUGCUUAUUGGUGCUAUUGCUCUCGAUUUAAUAGCUUUCUUAAUGGUCCUUUACUCUGAUUGGACUGUUGUGGCACUCACUAAGUCAAAACAACCCAAUGGGUUUAUUAAGAUCCUGCAAUGCUUGCUCAAUGUUAAUAGGGUAAGGUGGCCUAAAAACCAUGGACAAAAGCCCAAAUGGUUUUCCUCCAGGAAGAUCAUACAUAUUGUGCGCCUCAGGUGGUCUAAAUCUCUCUCACAGUAUAACUUGAUAAAUUAUUGUCUGCACCCACGUAUUGAAUGGUGGGAGAAAACUAUUGCUUUUUUUAGCCUAACCAACAUGCUAGAUGGGAUGAACUAUGUGAACCCUGUGGAUUUCACCACUAAAUUGAGAGAUUUUAUUUUCGAUGAGCUGAAAAAGAAAUCUAAGCAGGCAGACGACUUAGAAACGGCCAAGGAGAUAUUUUCCGCCAGAGGGGAUUGGAUUCUACGAUAUGAAAGUCGUGCCAACUUACUCUGUUGGAUCAACGAUGUCGAAUUUGAUGAGAGCAUAAUUUUGUGGCACAUUGCCACUGAACUCUGCUACUACACAGAUGUCGACGACAAAAUUGAUAACCGCGAGUUCUCUAAACACCUAUCGGAUUACUUGUUAUACUUGCUAGUUAUGCAGUCCACAAUGUUGUCCAAUAUAGCAGGUAUUGGGCAGAUAAGGUUCAGAGAUACUUGUGCUGAGGCCAAAAAAUUCUUUCGUGGAAGGGAUGUAUUAGAGGAAGAGAAGGACACCUGUCAGAAAAUUGUCACCUUUUGCAAAUACUUCUGCUGCUUUUAUAAAUGCUGCUUCAGAGGGAAAAAGGAAAGGGAUGAAUUAUUAAAGGAAUAUGCUUGCAGAAGUAUCCUCAAGGUUAAUACAGAAGUUGAACCUAUUGCUGUUAAGGGAGACAGAAGCAAAUCUGUGUUGUUCGAUGCGUGCAGGCUGGCCAAAGAGCUGAGGAAAUUAGAAAGACUUCAAAGGUGGAAGAUAAUAAGCAAAGUCUGGGUUGAAUUGAUGUCCUAUGCAGCGUGUCAUUGCAGAGCCCAUACCCACAUGGCACAACUCAGUAAAGGUGGACAACUCCUCACUUCAAUAUGGCUGUUGAUGGUUCAACUUGGCUUAGGUGAUCAAUUCCGAAUAAGAGAAGGGAAUGCAAGGGCGAAACUGAUCGUGAGCAAGUAGAUUGAUGAAUUUGUUGGAUCAAUAAAUUUGGAGAUGUGUGCUUUUUAAUUUUAAUUUUUUCUUGUUUGAACAUUCCGGUAGUACAUGCCUAAGCGAGAUACCUGUGUUUGAAAUGUGGCAUGCACUAAUGGCCAAUGGUCAAUAGUACUACUAGUUGCAGAAACUUGUGCACAUGUGUGAUUAAUUGUUCAUUCGGUGUAUUUCGGUUAAAAUACGCAGUCUAGCUUCAUGUUA